AUGAUCCCCUCCCCUCUAUACACCAAACCCCACUCCCUGUCCCCAUCCUUCGCCACUCCCACCUCCUUAUUCCAUAUCCUCUCCCUCCGAUCUUCCAAUGCCCGCCACAGCUGGGGUCACAACCACCUCGUGUCCAAGAACCAUCCUCUGCAAGACAGUCUAGACAACAACGCGGCCUUCAAAGCUCAUCUCAAAAGCACGGGACCGCUUCUUGAUGUGCUGGAUCCCAAAGUGGAGUAUAUACUCGUUGAUGAGCACCAGCGCAAGGCGACGAUUCGGACGUGUUACUAUUUGAGAUCCACCGAGUCCGAGGAGGUGACGGAGCAGGAUCUGAUUUGGGUUUUGGCGUUUACGGAUGAGGGAGAUUUGGAGGCGGCGUGGAAGAUGUGCACGUAA